UUUCGCCUGCUGGACUACCUGUGCUGCUAAAGCUUAUACCCCUUGAUCUGAUGUCCGUGGCUUCCGACAAGGUCCAUCAUCUCGUUCUCCUAUUUGCCUUCUUUCGCCUCCUGCACUCAAAUCACGAGGGUUGGGCCAUUAAAAUAUCCAUGAUGUUCCUCAGAAGAUGCUUCCAGACAUUCCAUUAUGCUUCUGCUGCUGCCGCCGCUGCUGGUGUGCUGGGUUCAAAUGUCUUGGUGUGCCCUGCUGCAGAGAAAGAAAGAAAAAAAAGAGGAAGCUAGGAAUCCAGAAUGCCAUGCUGCCCUAGAUACUGCGCGUGUGAGCGGUGUUGUAUCCAAGCUGUAAGUGGCGGGCUGGAUCUGUGUUUCGCAGUCAGGCGAGCUCAGCCUCCC